AUGACGAGAAAGAUCUGCAGGUCCAAAUUGUCGGUGAGAAAAGAUACAUUCUUCAAGGCACGAGCCAAGACCGUUCUCAAGAAAGCAUACGAACUCUCGGAGCUGUGCGGCGUCAAUUUGUGCAUCAUCUGCUACGACCGGGAAGGGAGUCUCGUGACGACGUGGCCAGAGAACGACGAAGCUUUUUGUCGCUCUCACUACAUUAACAAAGCGCAGGUCAAGGCCACGGCCGAGCGGUUCAGCAGGUUAAGCGAACAAGAAAGGAACAAAAAAAGCACCAACCUCUCGCGGUUUCUAAACAAGAAGAUGAUGGAUGAGAAGAAGGCAUCUCUCAAAGCCAACGACAAUAAAUUCUCCAAGGAAGUGUUCGUCUUUGAGGAUUCCUUGGAGACUCGCUUAGGGUUAUUCCAACAAAAGAUCACCGAGUUGGUUGAUGAUGAUGAUCACGGCCUUGUUGUUUCAACGGAUCUACCCACCACGUCGUUGAACCAGCCGAGCAACUUCUCAAUCUUGUUGUUUAACCAUGACAGUGGCACUUUCACCCAGUUGGUCAAUUCCUCUACUCUUCCUCCUUGCUUUGAGCAACCUGUGAUUCCGUGUAAUCAAGAUUAUGGCACUAAUUACUUGGAUCUGUUACUUGCGGAACAAGAUAUGAGAAGCUGCAACAACUUUGAUCUUCCCAUUCCUCCUCAUCCUAUGAUGCAUACUCAAACCUCAAUGUUUCGGCAGUUUGAUCAUCAGUUUAUGCAGACACAACAGGGGAUGAUUCCAUACAAUCAAUCUUCUGGCUAUCCAACAAUGAUGUUCUCUUAG